AUGAAUAGUAUGAAUACAUAUUCCCCUUUAUAUAGUUCCUAUGAAAAUAUAAAUAUAUAUAAAAAAAAUAGGAAAUUUGAAGAGGAAAAUUAUGAAACAUCAACUGCUAAUAUAUCUUGUGAUUCUAAGGGAAGAAUAUUAAUAAAAGAAAGUGAAAAUGAUAGAAACGAAUCAAUACACAAAAAUCAAAUGUUUAGUUCAAUGGAUAAUAGAAAAAUGAAUAAACAUGAGAAACAUAAUAUUUCUUCUUAUUGUAAAUUGAAAAGAAAAACAUCAAAUAAUUUAAAGGAUAAAGAAAAAAUGAAUAACAAUAUAAUGUAUGCCAAAAAUGCAAAUGCUAAUAAGUAUGAUAAUUAUUAUGCUUUGAAUAUGAACAAUAUGAAUAAUAUGAAUAAUAUGAACAGUAUGGAUAAUUUAAAUAACAUUAAUAAUAUGCAUAAUAUGUAUAACAUGAAUAAUAUGUACACUAUGACUUGUAACAAAAAUAAUAACAAUAUUAAUAAUAAUAAUAAAAAUAAUAAUAUUUAUUAUCGAAUUAGUAGACAAAAUAUAAAUGGGAAGGAGAGAUUAUUAAAUAGAUAUCAUAUUAUGAGACCACAAAGGUCAGCUGAUAUGUUAUUUAGGAAUUACAUCUAUAAUGGAUUACCAUAUGAAAUAAAUCAACAAAAUAUAAAUAAAAAUAUAAAUGAUAAUAUUGCAGUAUCAUUUGAGAAUUAUAAUAAAAAUAUACUGGACGAAUAUAAUAGAAAUAUAUUGAAAUAUUAUAAUAGAAAUUUAAAGAAUUAUCGAAAUUCAUCUUUUGAUAAUAUAUGUACAAGAUAUAAUAAUAAUAAUAAUAUUUAUAAUAAUAAUAAGAAGAAGAAUGAUAAUAUUAAUAGUUCUUUUCAAUUUAACAAUCAAGAGGAACUUAUGAAAUUUUAUAGUAAUAAUAAUAGAAAUGUAAACGAUUAUGUUGUUAAAACAAGUAAUAUAACACAAGCAGAUAAUAUAUGUGCUCAGCAAAAAAUUAAUAUUCCUAUGUAUAAUAAAACCGUUUUAUUAAAAUCAUCGCCAAAUAGUGAAAAUACUUAUAACAAGACAUUAUCAAAUAUUUUGAAAAAAGAACCAAAAAGAAAUAGUAUGUUUUCUUUUAAUUCUUCUGAUUUUUUUAAAGAUUUUGGGAAAUUAAAAAAAAACCUUGUAGGGAAAAAAAAUAAAAAAAUAAAUAAAGAUAUUAUAAUAAAUGGAAAUAUAUUUAAUAGUAAAAUAAAAGAUAAUAAUACAUCAAAUACAAAAAGUGAAGGGAAUAGUACUCUUAGUAAAAUUUACAAUUUUAUAUUUCCAUCAAGUGUAAGAAAAUUACAAAAGAAAAAACAAAAAUUACAAGUAAUAGAAGAUAAGGAAAAAAAUUUAGAUAAAACCGUUAUAAUGCCCUUACAAAAUAAAAUAAUAUAUUUAAAUGAUGCAAAUAUAGCAAAUGAUAAAUUAAAACAUUCCUUUGAAAAUUAUAAUUACCAUCAAACGGAUAUACCUUUUGUAAGUGUAGCAAAUUAUAUGAAUCAAGAUUUAAGAAAAAAUGUAAGGAGUUAUUCAUCCUUCGACGUUAAGGAAAGAAUAUCACCAAUGGUAAUACGAAAAGAUAAUAUUAACAAUAAUAAUAAUAAUAUUAACAAUGACAAUAAUAAUAAUAAUAAUAAUAAUAAAAAUGACAUUAUAAAUAAUGGUAAUAUUAACAAAACUGUUGAUAAUAAUAAUAUAAAUAAUUGUAGUAAUAAUAUGAGGACAGCUGUAAAGAAUACACAAAAAUUAUCAACACAAAAAAAUUCACUCCUUAAUGAUAAACAUCAUACAUAUCAUGAAAAAUUAGUAACCAACAUUUAUCAAUUUACUGGAGGUCAUUCACAAAAAAGUUGUAAUAUUAAAAAUCAAAAUGUAAAAGAAGAAAAAAUAAAUAACACAGAAAUGUCAUAUAUUAAUAAUACAUCAUAUAAUGAUUAUACUAAUAUUCCAAAUGUAGAAACAUAUAUGCAUUCUGAAAAAAGUAAUAAUUUAGAAAACAAACAAAGUGACAAUAUAAACGAAAAUGAAAAAGAUAAAAAUUUUAAUAAUACUGAUAAAAAAAAUAAUGAUGAAAAUAAUAUCAUAAAACAUAAUGAAAUUGAAAAUCAUAAUGAAGUAGUACAAAUGAAUAAUCAAACAACAGAACAAGAAAGUCAUAAUAAAUAUAUAAAAACUUUAAAUAAUAUAACAGGAAUAGAUCCAAUAAAAAAAAAUAUAUACAAUACAGUUAUGAAUAUAAAUGAUAAGAAUGAUAUGAAUAAACAAGAUUAUAAUUAUAGUACUAUAAUUCAAAAUAAUUAUAUUAACAGUUUAGAUGAAAACACAAAUACAUCUUUACAUAUGAAUAAAAAACAUGAUGAUAUAUAUCAAAAUUUUAUAUCUAAUAUUGAUACUAAUGUGCCAUGUGUAUAUGUAAAUAAAUAUAUAAAUAAUAUUUUUCAAAAUAAUAAUCCAUCAAAUGUUACAAAUAAUAUUAACACAUUUAAUAUGAAUAUAUCACCAAUAAAUAUUGAUGAAAAAAUUAACAAUUUGGAUAAUAAUAUUAAUUAUGAAAAUAUUGCAAAAAAAAAUAAUAUGAUUAAUAAUAAUUUAUUAUAUAUAACAAAAGAAAAAAUUGAUUAUAUGCUUAACAAUUCAACAAAUUAUAUAGAAAAUUUUAAUAAUAAUUAUCACAUUAUAAAUCCUUCAUUAUUAUAUAUCCAUAACAAUAAUAGUAAUAAUAAUAAUAAUAAUAAUAAUAAUAAUAAUAAUUAUAAUAAUAAUAAUUCGAAUAAUCAACAUACAAAUAAUUUCAGCAAACCUAAUUUUUUAGAUAAAUUUUUUUAUGAAAAAAAAGUAGAAAGUAUACAACCACAUCAUUUAAAUCAAUAUUAUUAUAAUAAUAAAAAUGUAAAAUAUAAUCCUUCAGAUAUUAAUAAAUUAGAAAAUAAAUAUAUUAAUAAAUUUCCUAAUCAAAAUGAAAAUACACUUUUUAAUUUUACGACACAUAGUGAUAACAUAACAAAUAAUAAUCUAAAUAAUAUAGAUAAUAUAUUAUUAUUUGAUAAAGCAAUAAGAGAUCAAUCUAUUUAUUACAAUAACAAUAAAGUAGAGGAACAAACCAAAAGUGUAAUGAAUACGACCAGUCCUUCCAUAAAUCUAUUAAAGAAUAAUUAUGAAGAUAAUAAUAAAAGUAAUUAUGUACAUUCAAUUGUAUCUAUAACAGAUAAAGAUAAUUCAAUAUAUGCAAAAAGUAAAUAUCCUCAAGUAGUAACUACAAAUAUUGAAAAAAGAGAAGAUACCAUCAACAAAAAGGAUGAACAAACUAUUUUUAAUAAUAACAAUAUUAAUAAUAAUAAAGAUGAUGUUAUAUCUAUGGGUAAAUGCUUCCAACAUGAUAUUCAAAAUACAAAUCAAAUUAAUAAUAAAAUAAUUAGUGAUAUAUCACAAAGUGAAGAACAAAACUUAACAAAUGAAAAGUGCUUAGACAAAAAUAAUAGUGAAAAUAAGAAAAAAAAUAAAAGCGUGAAUUACGAUAUGGAUGAAAUAAUGUCACUAAAAUGUAAAGUUUAUGAUGAAUUGGAUACAUGCCUUAAAUGUAUAAACAAGUUGACUAAAAAUAAAAAGUUAUAUGAACAAUUAAAAAAAUAUAAACAUAAGCUGGAUAAAGAAAAGAAAACAAAAAAGUUAUAUGAGGAAUCUACAUCUGAAAAAACGGGUUCCUAUUACACUAUGAAAGAUUCGUACAUAUCAUCAUUAUUGUGUAAUGAAAAUAAAUUAAAUCAUAUAUUAAAUAAGGGUGACAUAAAAUUAUGUGAUGAUAAACAUAUUUUAUCUUACAACAAUAAAAAUAAAAAUAAUAAUAUGAAUGAUAUUAAUAGUAUUAAUCAUAUUAAUCAUAUUAAUAAUAUUAAUAUUUUAAAUCAUAAAAACGAUCAAAAUAAUAACCUUUUCCUAGCUAGUGAUAAUACAGAAAGUGUUACUUACAAUAUGAAUAGAAAUAGAAAAUUAUGCGAUAACAAUUUGAAAGUAUCCAAACAUGUUUUAUAUAAAGAUUCGAAAGGUACUGAUAGCACAGGAACAAAUUUUUAUGAUGAUUAUAGUAUGUCUUAUGAAAAAUCAUAUAUAGAUAAUAUUGAAAAAAAAGAAAAAAUAAAAAAUAAUAUAAAUAUAUCUGAUAAAUAUUUCUUAUCUGAAACUGAUUCUCCAUAUAUAGGAAAAAAAAAAGCUUUAAUGAUUACAUUAAAUUAUAAUGGUUUAUUAGAAGGAUGUGUAAAUGAUACUAUAGAUAUGUGUGAUCAUUUAAUGGAAAAUUUUGGAUUUAAUGAAUUUAUAUUAUUGAAUGAUUGUAAUUUAUGUUAUAGAAAUUUUGUUACACAAAAAGCAAAUAAAAAAAAUAUAUUAAGUAAUUUAUAUAAUUUUAUUGUUAAUUCAAAUAAUGGAGAUAUAUUAUUUUUUUAUUUUUGUGGUUAUUCUAUAAAAUUGAUAGAUUCUAAAUUUACAGAAAAUUAUAAUUUUGCUUUACUUCCUCAAGACCAUUCAAAAAAUAAUUAUAUAUAUUCAAAUGAAAUAUUUAAUAUAAUAAAAAAAUUACAAGGAGGAAAACAAUUAUGUAUUAUAUUUGAUACUACAUAUACAUCCUAUUUUGUUCCAGUACCUACUUCCAUAACAUAUAAUAAAAAUAUGAACACAACUGAAAUAUAUAAAUAUAAUAAUUUUUUCUCUAAUCAGAAAUAUUUAAAAUCAUUAAAAACCUUUGGAAAAAUUAGAGAUAGACAUGUUGAUUCGGUUUUUAUUGAAAAUAUUAAAAAACCAUUAUUAUAUGAAAUUUAUAAAAAGGAAAAUGAUGAUAGUACAAAUGAUAAAAUGAUGCUUGUUCCAUCUAUUUUUUUCUUUUCUCCUGAUUGCAAUGAUAGAAAUGAUUUUGAAUUUUUAAUAAAAAACAAAGUCAGAGGUUUAUUGACAUACUGCAUAGGUAAAGCGAUCGAAUUGCUCAAGAAGGAUUUUUCUUAUCAUGAUUUGUUUGUUGCUGCUUCUCAAAUAUUAAUUGAUAUAAAGAAGGACUAUAAUUUGAAAUAUGUAAAAUUUAAACUCUCCUUUUUAAAUGAGUAUUCACCAGAUGACAUAAAAUUUUUAUCACAUGAAAGUCUUUUCUUAAAAAAAAAACUACAACUAGAUGAACCUUUAUGGAAACCCUCUUUAAAAUUAAACAAUUUAAAACAAUGUAUCCAAGAUAUUUGUGAUAUGGAUGAAAGGAAAAUGUUAAAAAGUUCAAAAAAAAAGUGUUUGCUAAUUUUUAUAAAGGAUAUUAAAUUUUAUACCAACAAAAAUAUAGAUACAAAAAUUGAGUACUUUGUAAGUUGCUUUAUUAAAGCGAAGAAUGUCAACAUAUUAUGUGUCAGACGUAAUAAUACAAAAGAACAAAAAAUUGUUCAAGAUAAAAUAUUUUUCUUAGAGUACGUUACAUUGAAUGUAACCGAUAUGGAAAAUGCCAAUAUUUAUAUAGAAUUGUUUAAGAAAAAAAAGAAAAAUUAUUUUGUAGCAAGGAGUAUAUUUAAUAUAAGAAAUGUGAAUGGAAAAUUCUCUCUUUCGGACGAAAAAAAAAACAUUAUUGGAAUUAUCGAUUUGAAUAUCAAGUGUGUUUCCUAA